AUGUCGGUUGCCUUUGCUUCUGCUCGCCCAAGAGGCAAAGGGGAGGUCACCCAGCAAACUAUCCAGAAGAUGCUAGAUGAAAAUCACCACCUAAUACAAUGUAUUAUGGAUUAUCAGAGCAAGGGGAAAACUGCAGAAUGUACUCAAUACCAACAGAUCUUGCACAGAAACCUGGUCUACUUGGCAACAAUAGCAGAUUCUAACCAGAAUAUGCAGUCCUUGCUUCCUGCUCCACCAACGCAAAACAUAAACUUGGGCCCCGGAGGAAUGACUCAGAGUGCAUCCAACCAAUCUCUCCAUUCACAGAGCAGUCUCAGCGAUGCAAUUGGGACGGGCCUUCCUCCUUCCUCCCUCAUGCAGAGUCAGAUUAGCAAUGGUCCUAAUCACGUGUCUAUGCAGCAGUCAGGCCAGAACACUAUGCCCACGACCUCUCUGAGUAUGACUGUCAGCAGUCAUGGAACUGGGCCUGGUUAUAGCCAUACAGUGCCUGCAUCUCAGAAUGUGCCAAUGCAAGGCCAGGGGUCAAUAGGCAAUUAUGUCUCUCGAACAAACAUCAACAUGCAGUCUAAUCCAGUCUCCAUGAUGCACCAGCAAGCAGCAACGUCGCAUUAUAACUCAGCGCAAGGAGGGAGCCAGCAUUACCAGGGGCAGUCCUCCAUUGCCAUGAUGAGUCAGAGCAACCAAGGCAACAGCAUGAUGGGUCAGCGACCCAUGGGCCCUUACAGAGCUUCACAGCAAGGUUCCUCACAGCAGUACAUGGGUCAGGAAGAAUAUUACAGUGAACAAUACAGCCAUGGACAAGGCUCAUCAGAACCUAUGAAUCAGCAGUAUUACCCAGACGGACAUGGUGAUUAUGCCUAUCAGCAGUCAUCCUAUACUGAGCAGAGCUAUGACAGGUCAUUUGAUGACUCUACACAACACUAUUAUGAAGGAGGAAAUUCUCAGUACAGCCAGCAACAGGCAGGAUACCAACAGGGAGCUGCACAACAGCAAACAUAUUCCCAGCAGCAAUACCCAAAUCAACAAAGUUACCCAGGACAACAGCAAGGAUACGGUCCUGCACAAGGAGCCUCUUCACAGUAUUCCAGCUACCAACAGGGGCAGGGGCAGCAAUAUGGAAGUUACAGAGCUUCUCAGACAGGCCCGUCCGCUCAGCAACAGAGGCCUUACGGCUAUGAGCAGGGACAAUAUGGAAACUACCAGCAAUAA